AAUGCGUGGCUUAUCUGCAGGCUGGUAAACCCGCAGUGGAUACACGAAGCCCGGUGGCAGGAGGGAUCGUACGAGCGGACAUUACAGCAGGACUACUCAGUGCUGGAUGUCCAUAAGUGGCAAGUAUGGCGCAGACUAACAGCUGUAAACAGAGCAGCAACGGAGUAGCCGAUGAAUCUCCCAACAUGCUUGUCUACAGAAAAAUGGAGGACGUCAUAGCUCGAAUGCAAGAUGAAAAAAAUGGAAUCCCCAUUCGCACAGUCAAGAGUUUUUUGUCCAAGAUCCCCAGCGUCUUUUCAGGCUCAGAUAUUGUGCAGUGGAUGAUGAAAAACCUGAACAUUGAUGAUCCAGUCGAGGUGCUACAUCUGGGAACGUUGAUGUCUGCACAUGGAUAUUUUUUCCCCAUCUCAGAUCACGUACUGACACUGAAGGAUGAUGGGACAUUUUACAGAUUUCAGACACCCUACUUCUGGCCAUCAAACUGCUGGGAACCAGAGAACACAGACUAUGCUGUAUAUCUUUGCAAACGAACAAUGCAGAAUAAAGCCAGGCUUGAACUUGCUGACUACGAAGCUGAGAGUUUAGCACGGCUACAGAGAGCAUUUGCACGUAAGUGGGAGUUUAUCUUCAUGCAGGCAGAAGCACAAGCUAAGGUGGAUAAAAAACGAGACAAAGUCGAGAGGAAGAUCCUGGACAGUCAGGAGAGAGCAUUCUGGGACGUACACAGACCUGUGCCCGGCUGUGUGAACACGACAGAAGCCGACAUCAAAAAAUCCUCCAGGAUGAAACAACCUCACAAAACACGGAAGUCGGUGUACGGUCUACAGAACGAUGUCCGCAGUCACAGUCCCACACAAACCAGCACACCUGAAGUUAAAGAACCCACCGAGGAUGAGCUGAAGGAAAAGAUACAGUACUGGCAAAGCCAGAUGGACAGACAUCGAUUAAAAAUGUCGAAAGUGGCUGAGAGUUUAUUGUCUUAUACGGAGCAAUAUAUGGAGUACGACCCCGUCUUCAACUCACCUGAACCAUCAAACCCCUGGAUCUCAGACGACAAUACACUCUGGGAACUGGAAGCCAGUAAGGAGCCGGGUCAGCAGAGGGUGAGGCGGUGGGGUUUCAGCUUUGACGAGGUUCUAAAGGAUCCCGUAGGAAGAGACCAGUUCCUGAAGUUUCUGGAAUCAGAAUUCAGUUCAGAAAACUUGUGGUUCUGGUUGGCCGUGCAGGAGUUAAAGAAGAGGACGAUCCGUGAAGUACCCAGUCGUGUGGAAGAGAUCUGGCAGGAGUUCCUCGCCCCUGGGGCGCCGAGUGCCAUUAACCUCGACUCCAAGAGCUACGACAAAACCAUGCAGAACGUCAAGGACCCCGGACGCUACACGUUUGAAGAUGCUCAGGAGCACAUCUACAAGCUGAUGAAGAGCGACUCGUACAGCCGCUUCAUUCGAUCCAGUGCCUACCAGGAGCUUUUACAGGCCAAGAAGAAGAAAAGUAAGAACUUGUUCUGA